CUUUAAUCAAAAUGUGAUUUAGAUUAUAAAUUAUUGAUAAUUACCAAUGAUUACUUAGUAUAAGGAAUUUUAUUUAAUUUUUUUUCUGGAAGAAAUGCUUUUACUGUGAAUGGACUUAAAUGACUUUUGGAAUUUUCUAUGAGAAAAUGUAAAUGUAAAAUUGAUGUCCUUAUAAUCGGUGGAACUUUGUCAAUAAAUAAAUGCAUUCUACAGUACGCAGUGUAUUUCAUAUUUUAAACCUAAUCUGUUUAUCCAUUUUAUUAUUAGCAUUUGUCUUUUUUGUCAUUACAUUUUGGACGAAACUCUCUGUUAAAAUUGUUGAGCCAACAUUGAAUAAAUUACGAAUAGAUGGUGUAAAUAAUCGAACCGUAAUCGAUGGAGUGAACAGUGUUGUACGAACUUUUACACGUCCGGUAAUUUUACCAUUGAUGGCGAUAUCACUUGUAUUUGCUUGUAUUUAUUUCUUUGGAGCAAUAAUCGCUUUUAAUCGAAGCAGUACAUUUUUUCUUAUGUAUGAAGUUACUUUAACAGUUUGUAUAAUUGUGCAUAUAGUUAUGAUAACUAUUGUGUUAAAAAAUCCAGAAACAACAGAAAAAAUGAUGGAAAAACUUUUUGCAAAAAAAUUUUAUCUCUAUCGAUCAAUGAAGAGUCAUGAUGGAGCAAGUUUAUUUGCGGCUGUCGUAAUGAUAGAAUUAAAAUGCUGUGGUUACAUGAAUCCUUUUGAUUUUGACGAGGACAGAGUAGAAAUUACCGAUGAAUAUGAUGGUCAUACUUAUGAUGACUUAGUAUUACCUGUACCAUGCUGUUUGAUGGAUAAAGACUUGAAGUUGAUUGAUGUAGAUUGUCCAAGGUUCCAUUACAUAUCAGAAAACGAUCACAAACAUCACAGUCAAGGCUGUAAACAAGUAUUUGGUCGUAAAGCAUUUAGUUUCAUAGCAUACAUUGCUUAUUUAUCAAUAACUUUGAUUGCGAUCAAUAUAACACUUGUGAUAUGCGUUGUUCUGGUAUUGAGAGAAAUAUGGAUAUACCUUUAAUAAUACACAAUUGUCAUCGAAGCUUCAUAGAAAACACAGCAUCGGCGGUCAUUCUUAAACGUUGAAGAUGUUUUUAGUUAUAUAUAUAUAUAUAUAUAUAGAUAGAUAGAUAUAUAUUAGAAAUGGUUUCUUUAAUAUUCAUUUUUAAAUGAUAAAAUGAACCAACCCUUUCAUUAACUUUACUUCUAUGUUGUUUAAUAAAUUUAUAUUUCGUUAAUGAUAGAUUUAAAUAUUGUAGAAAUGGGUAUGUUGGUAACUAACUCACUUUCUGUUUCAAAGGUUUCUUUUAAAAAAAUUAGAGAUCAAUAUCCAAAGGUAAUAUAGCAUAGUGAUAAAUUAUUCAUGAUAGCUUUAUGAAUGACAACUAUAUGUAAUGUGUAUCUAACGUAGAUUUAAGAUUUAAAAUUACUAUUCUGUAAAACAAAACAAAAAGCUGUACAGUUUACAAAUCUAUAGAUUGAUGUUUUCAAAAUAACCACUAUAUAUCAUAUAUAAAAAAAUAUUGUUUUGUUA